AGCCUUAGCCGAGUCACGUGAUUCAAGGCGGCACUGGGAGGAAGGCCUGGUAUCCCAGCAUUCUUUCUGUUCCGGUCUUUCCUGACCGACGCCAUAACUGAGCUAGAAAUGGCAAUCCGCUAUCCUAUGGCAGUUGGCCUGCGCAAAGGUCACCCUGUUACCAAGAAUGAGACUGGGCCAAGACAGUGCCGACGAAGAGGGCGCCUAACUAAGCACACCAAGUUUGUCAGAGAUCUAAUCCGUGAGGUCUGUGGUUUUGCUCCCUAUGAAAGGCGUGCAAUGGAGUUGCUGAAAGUCUCUAAAGACAAGCGUGCACUCAAAUUCAUCAAAAAGAGAGUUGGUACUCACAUCCGUGCAAAGAGGAAGAGAGAAGAACUCAGCAAUGUGCUGGCAGCAAUGAGAAAGGCAGCUGCAAAGAAAGAUUAAUCUGUACAAAGUUGUUACAAUUAAAGUUCUUAAGUUA